AUGGAAGCAUAGUUUGCAGAUUCAUCUGCAAAGCUUACUGAGAAAGUGAAACUGCAGUGCAUAUAUGAAAGGAAAAAAAAAAAAGCUGUGAUAAUCCAGACAUCCUGGAUGAAACUUAAUGUAACUCAUAAGGAAAAUACAGCUGUCUUGCAUCCAAUCUGUGGCAUACAUAUCAAAGGCAAAUACAAUAGAAGGAUUUAUUUUUGAAGUAAGGACAAGUCCUUAUACUUCAUCAAAGGCACUUUGGAAGAUGAGGGUCUCCAUAUAACUAACUUUUUCUCCAUUGUAAUUAACCCAGAUGGAAUUUUUAAAAAGGUAAUAGAAAUUACUCAGUAUGAAGAAUUUCUUCGUCAGCUGCUGUUCAGUGCAAUAAUUUUCCCAUUUCCAGACCACCGUAUUAAAGCCUCCUACACAACCACAAACUAUCCUCUGACUCAUGCUGUAUUGAGAAAUUUCAGACCAGAUGCUUUUGAAGUGCCUGAGAAACAAAAUAAUCCCAUGUUUACAAAGCCAGGAGGAAAUGUUGCUUUUACUCAUCCUUAGAGAAUUGGAGAUUCAGUGGAGUGAGCGAUGAGGGAGAGGAUUAAAGCAGAUUUGGUAGGUACGGUCAUUCCGUGCAACUCAUCAGGAAAGCAAAGCUUUGGUUCAGAUUUGAAAGAAUGUACACCAGUGGUUUGUUCUGAUCAGGAAAGCUCCAGGACUGUCUUUCAAAACAUUACAGCCUCUGACUUUGCAAUGUACUUCUGUGUAGCUGCUGGGAGAAACAAAACCAUAAUGAGUUCUACUGUAGCUGCAACUUGGGACCACAAGUGGUUUAUUACCUACAUAGCUGAAGGGAUUUCAGCUGCUCUUUUGGUAUUAGAUUUCCUACUGAUCUUCUGCAUUACCACUGCUUAUCACAAAAAAGAUGAAGCUCUUUUUAUAGACUGGCCAUUGGCUAGGGACCACCCUUUUGCUUCAGAAACCACCUUUCCUCCAUACCAGUUCACCCAGCCUCCUUCUAACGGUUAUGGAAGAUCCAAUUUUCAUGGCUUGCACAGCAGAGAAAGAAGAGAAGAAGAAUCACCACUCUAGCAGACAGAGGAGAUUUAUGUCAGCUGCAAAAACAUCUCACACAAACAUAAGAAAAGACCAUUAGGUUCUUUCUUAAGAAUGAAGUAAUCAAAGCACAAACCUUUUCUUUGCAGCACAGACU